AUUCCUAAUUUUCGUACAAACCCAAACAUGUUUGAAAUAAAUUCAUUGUUUCUUGAUCCUCUUUCUUUGUCUCUCUGCUCUUACUUUUAAAUUCUCGCCUCCAUUACUAUCAACUCAAAAAAGCACCGCGAAAAUUGCACGAUUCUAAGCAGAACUAAAUCGUUUAAAGAUGGUGCAAACUAGACAUCAAAAAUCUAAGCCUAAAAAACUAUCACAAGGGAAAAAGCAUGAAAAGCUGGGGGACAUCUCUAACUUCCGUGCUCAACUUGAUUUGUUGGGUUUGAAGAUUAUUCAAGUGACAGCUGAUGGUAACUGCUUCUUCAGCUUUCAGGGCCUUGGCUGAUCAGUUGGAGGGCAAUGAGGAGGAACAUGAUAAAUACCGCCGUAUGGUUGUGCAAUAUAUCAUGAAAAAUCGUGAAAUGUUUGAGCCUUUUAUUGAAGAUGAAGUCCCAUUUGACGAAUACUGUCGAUCCAUGGAAAAGGAUGGUACAUGGGCUGGACAUAUGGAACUGCAAGCGACUUCUUUGGUCACUCAAAAUAACAUCUGCAUUCAUCUUCACAUGUCACCUCGUUGGUACAUACGGAAUUUUGAUAACCCGAGGGUACGCAUGAUUCAUUUGUCUUAUCAUGAUGGAGAACAUUACAACAGUGUGAGAUCUAAGGAUGAUCCUUGUAAUGGACCAGCUAGACCUAUCAUUAUAAAGGCUGAUGUUGAUCUUACAGCAAGUUCACAACUAGCAAAAUCUACAAAUGGUCAUUCGAAAGCAAAAUCUUCGAAUAUUGGUGUCCAUGGAGGAGCCAUCAAAAUGGUCAUGAGUGGCAGUGGUUGCACUGAUGUUGAAAAAAUUGAGCAGGUGUUACUGCAAGUGGAUGGUGAUGUUGAUGCUGCAACCGAGUUCCUGAUAGCAGAACAAGAGGCGGAAGAAACAAUAGAUUUCAGCAAUUGUUCAUUAAAACUAUUAAAUGUCAAUGACGAAGACCCAAGAUCUGAUAACCGCGAGGAAACCAGAGCUUCUUCAAAGGUAAAUGAUCAUGGGACCGACACUGGAGCUGUUGAUUGUGGUGGGGUUAAUAAGCUACAAAAAAUCUCUAGAAAUAAGGUCUGCCCAUGCAAAUCAAAGAAGAAAUAUAAGGCGUGUUGUGGAGCGGCUUCUGGGAAGGCCAGUUCGAAAGUUGUAGCUGUAAAUGAUGCUCAAUCUCGUAGGGGAAAAAAAGGAAAGCAAGUGAAGAAGGUUACACCAAUUACCAAAGCCACAUCCUGUGUAUCAGCUGAUAAGUUGCCUGAUAUGGGUGCAUUGUGCAUCUGAUUUACAGGUGUUACAAAUUCAGUUGUUUUGGUAACAUGUACUUAUAUUUUGUUGCUCAUCCUCUUAAGAGAAGAAAAUAUGCUUUGCCUGUUGACUUAACAUCUACUUCUGAAAACCAUUCUUCUCGAUCACAAAUCACUUUUGACACAAUGCAUGAGUUUCGCUCUCUUAAAUUUGCAUUAUUACUUGCUCGAAACAUAAAUAAACAGUUUCGUAAAUCAUAUCUAGUCACUUUAUCCCUUUGAACCUUUGCUCUUGGUACAAUGUCUAAUGCCGGUACUGAUCGAAAAAAUUAUAAGACUCCUCUUUGUUUCUACAGCGUGAUGUACUGUUCUACCAAUGUUUUUGCUGUCUUAAGGAGGGCACAGAACUUGAUUCUUUUAGAAUUGUGGCGAUGUUUGCGAUGAAUAGAUUAAGAUGGGAUGAUGCCGGUGAAGUUUUGUGAUGCCUCAUUCAGAUCAUAUGUUCUUUAUUUUUCCCUCUUGUUUUUUCUCUUCUUCUGGUUUUUCACUGCAAUAUGUCCAAUGUUUUUAUACAUCAUUGGAUAUCAGAAUAUUUGUCUGAAUCGUUUGAUUUGAAGCAGGCUUAGGACACAUGUGGCUCAACAGAAAUUGUUCGUUAAAGUUUUCUUUGUUUCUCUCAAUGAAAAACUGUCGAGCUAAGAAGGGGAAAAAUUAGAUUGUUUAAUUUUAAUUUUUAAAUUUUAAUUUAUUUUUGUAAGGGAAAUUGAAAUGUUGAAGAUGAAAGCGUGAAAGAAAAUAAUGUUGAAGAUGAAAGAGUGAAAGAAAAUUCAUUUUUCAAUUUUAGAGGAAAAUAUUUACACAGAGCUAGAAAUUCCUUUUUCGCCAUAGUUUUCGAUUUCAUAACAAUUUUUUAUUAAUAAUAAAGUAAGAAAAAUAAUUUUAAUGAUCUAAAUCAAGAAUUUUGAAUGUAAUCUCAAUGAGCUACAUUUUUUUUAUUUCAGUCAUCUAAUUGAUUUUAUCCAAUAUUUAUAUUGAGACAUGUUAGAAUUCAAAAAUAAGUUUGGGUAACACAAACAAAGAGAAAAGGUUAUUCACUUAUUAUGACGUUAAAAGAGGUUUGGUCUUAUCUUUUAUUGAUAUGGUAGAACUUACAUGUGGAUAAUAAAUAGAUAAUUUAACACUUUAUAUUACAUGUGUGUUAAAAACUCGACUAUAAAAUCAUGCUUUGAUACCAUGUUUAAAUUUAUAAAAUGAACCUAGGCAACCCAAACGAGAAAGAGAAGAAGUUACCCACUUAUAAGCCUCCAUUUUAUAAAGUGGUUUAUAUUCGUUGUGAGACAACUCACAUGUAAGUAACAAAUACACACUUUAAUCGAACAUAAUUUUAUCAUUUUUAUAUUCUUUCUCUUAUUUUUAAAUUAUUUUAUUAUUUUGAUCUACUAUAUUUAACUUUGUAAUCUUCAUGUUAUCAUGCUUUGAUACCUAAUGAGUAGUAUUAUUUUUUUUUCUUCUUAUCUUGUGGUUCUUAAAGUAUAAAUUAAUUAUGUGCGUUGUGUAUCAAAUUCGGAAUUUUUUUAUAAUUUUGGUGAUCAGUCAACCAUUAUUUUGUGCAAUAAAAUAAGAAAACUCCUAUUCUUGUGUACUUCUUGCACACAAAGGAGACAUUUUGGAAGUGUUAUGAACACUUAACCAUUUGAUGGGUAAUUUAAUAAUUAUAAACAGGUGGUCU